AUGUCGGUGGCUUCGGUUCAGCCAGUAGCGGCUCAGCCAGUGAGUCAGAUCGCAGCAGUGCAGCCGUUGGGUCAGAUUGCACCGGCGCCGCGGGGUUACUCUUCAGUGGAGACUGGCGGGACUAGUCAGACCGGGCAGAUCACAGGGACCUUGUUAGUGGGCGGUUUUGAGUCCCACGUUUUAUUCGACUCUGGAGCAUCGAAUUGCUUCAUUACACCGGAGCGUGCCGAGAAGAGUGGCAUCCGGAGUAGCGCGGGCGAGAGCGCGGGCAUGGUCAAGGUGGCGGGAGGUGGAUUCUUGUCUACUUUGGGCCGUGCUAGAGGAGUCGAGAUCGAGAUUGCGGGGCAGUCAAUGCCAGCAGACUUAGUCAUCAGUCCGGUGGAGCUGUAUGACGUUAUUCUCGGGAUGGACUGGUUGUCACACUACAGAGUUCAUCUGGAUUGCUACAGAGGUAGAGUGGUCUUCGAGCGAGAUGCAGGGAGGUUGGUUUAUCAGGGAGUGAGACCGACUUCCGGGAGUAUUGUGAUAUCUGCUAUUCAGGCCGAGCAGUUGUUAGAGCGGGGCUGUGAGGCGUAUCUGGCGACGAUUUCUAUGUCUGAGUCAGGAGCUGGAGUUGUUAUGGGAGAUAUUGAGGUUGUCCAGGAUUUUGAGGAUGUCUUUCAGUCACUGAAGGGAUUACCACCAUCUCGGUCUGAUCCUUUCACGAUUGAGUUAGAGCCGGGGACAGCACCGAUAUCGAAGACGCCUUACAGGAUGGCGCCAGCUGAGUUGGCAGAGCUGAAGAAGCAGAUAGAGGACCUUUUGUCUAAGGGGUUCAUUCGACCAAGUGUUUCACCGUGGGGAGCACCGGUGUUGUUUGUGAAGAAGAAGGAUGGCAGUUUCAGACUUUGUAUCGAUUACAGAGGUCUUAACCGAGUCACUGUGAAGAACAGGUACCCACUCCCGAGGAUUGAUGAGUUGUUGGAUCAGUUGAGGGGUGCUACUUGGUUCUCCAAGAUUGACUUGGCAUCGGGGUAUCAUCAGAUCCCGAUAGAUGAGGCAGAUGUCAGGAAGACUGCUUUCAGGACGCGUUAUGGGCAUUUUGAGUUUGUGGUUAUGCCUUUCGGUUUGACUAACGCGCCGGCAGCCUUCAUGAGAUUGAUGAACGACGUGUUCAGGGAGUAUUUGGACGUGUUUGUCAUCAUUUUCAUUGAUGAUAUUCUGGUAUACUCGAGGAGUCAGGAGGAGCAUGCGACUCACUUGAGGUUGGUUCUGGAGAAGCUUCGGGAGCAGAAGCUUUUUGCUAAGUUGAGCAAGUGCAGUUUCUGGCAGCGAGAGAUGGGAUUUCUUGGCCACAUUGUUUCUGCAGAGGGAGUUUCUGUGGAUCCGGCUAAGAUUGAGGCUAUCAGAGAUUGGCCUAGACCUAGUAGUGCCACCGAGAUCAGGAGUUUUCUGGCUGAGUGUGAGGAGAGCUUUAGUCAGCUCAAGGAGAUGUUGACUACUACACCAGUGUUGGCGUUACCCGAGCCAGGGAAGCCUUACAUGGUGUAUACAGAUGCUUCAGGCAUUGGUCUUGGUUGUGUGCUGAUGCAGGAGGGCAGAGUGAUAGCAUAUGCUUCGAGACAGUGGCAGGGCAGUGAGCGUAACCGUCCUACACAUGACUUAGAGUUGGGAGCAGUGAUCUUCGCGUUGAAGAUUUGGAGGUCUUACUUGCUAGGUGAGACAGUACAGGUCUUCACGGAUCACAAGAGUUUGCAGCAUAUCUUCACUCAGCCGAUGAUGAACGCGAGACAGACGCGCUGGGUUGAGUUCUUGGCGGACUAUCAGGUGAGCAUUAACUACCAUCCGGGCAAGGCUAACCUAGUGGCGGACGCGUUGAGUAGACGGAGGUAUGAUUCCGCAGUUGAGCGAGAUGUGGAGUCUCUAGUUGGCGAGAUCAGUACCUUGCGUUUGUGUGCCAUUUCGCAGGAGCCUUUGGGUUUAGAGGCAGUGGAUCAGGCGGAUCUACUUAGCAGGAUCAGAGUUGCUCAGCAGAGUGAUCAGAGUUUGCUAGAUGCGACGAGAGUGACUGGUUCUGAGUAUGAGGUCUCUGCGAAUGGGACUAUCUUGGUUCGUGGGCGAGUUUGUGUGCCUAAGGAUGUGGAGUUGAGACAUCAGAUUUUGGGAGAGGCUCACGCGAGCAAGUUUUCCAUUCAUCCGGGAGCGACCAAGAUGUACCAUGACCUCAAGAGGUACUAUCAUUGGGUCGGGAUGAAGAGGGAUGUAGCAGACUGGGUUGCGAAGUGCAACACUUGUGCCUUGGUGAAGGCAGAGCAUCAGGUUCCGGGUGGUCUUUUGCAGAGUUUACCCAUUCCAGAGUGGAAGUGGGACAGGAUUACGAUGGAUUUCGUGGUUGGACUACCUGUUUCGAGGACUUUCGAUGCUAUCUGGGUGAUUGUGGAUCGGUUGACUAAGUCCGCACAUUUCUUGGCCAUCAAGAAGACAGAUGGAGCUGCUGUCUUGGCUAGGAAGUUUGUGCGAGAGAUUGUGAGGCUGCAUGGAGUGCCAGCUAGUAUUGUGUCAGACCGUGAUCCCAGAUUCACUUCAGAGUUUUGGAGGCGUUUCAGGCAGAGAUGGGCACUAAGGUGCAUCUGA